AUGAGGUUGCUGCGCACCUGGCGUGUCUCACUAUGCAACGUACUGCUACUCCACAUAACACUCGUUAAGCCUGAUGGUACUGGCCUCAUAGGAUACGGCAAGAAUCUUUACAAUCCGACUUGUGCUUUUGCUUGUCGUAGUGUGAUCCGCAAACAAACACUGGCAUGCACACCAGCAGCAUCAACUGAGAAUCACGGUACAGCACAUAACCCCGUUUCAACACCCCCAGAAUGCUUUGUGAAAGAUCUGGACUUCCUCAAAACCAUGGCCCUCUGCAUCGACGUCUACUGUGCACUAAGCGACAAACCAACACUGCAUGUGAUCCAAGACUACUGGGCAACACAUCUUGGAACUGGUACACUGGGAAACAGUGAAUACGUUCCCGUCUUAUCGUUUGCAGAUGCUCUGGCAGCUGCUCGGCAAGACGAAGACGCGAGAGGUUUCAACAAUGGAACUAGCAAUCCUCCCACGGUAUCUAUUCCGAGUGGUCUGAAGCCUCCCAAUAUCUCGAGUCCGCUUGUGACGACCACUGGUGGAAGCAGUGCCUUGAAUGAAACGCGAUUUGUCAGUCCUAUACAAUGGCAACUACAGUACAACUACUUGUCCGACUUCGAGAUCAAUGAGAAAGGCCACAGCACAAUGACUAUCGCAAUUGCUGUCGUGGCUAUUGCACUACCUAUUCUAGUCUCUCUAAUACGCUUUGUCCCAGGAAUAACCAAGAGUACCAAAUGGAGCUAUUUCCAAUCUAUCAUGGUCGUUCCGCCGCUUUUUGGUAAACAUCAUCGCAACCCAGUGGCUGGAGGACUGGUGCCCACUCGAGGGCAGAGCCUAUUCAUCUUUACCAUUAGCAUCUUGAACAUCAUCCUACUUUUGGCACCAUACACUAUCACUCAGCCCCAAGCGAGCUUCACGACAAGAGCCAAACAGAUUAUCAGCAUCGUGGGGAAUCGUGCUGGCACAAUGGCCAUGGGGAAUGUUGUGGCUAUGUUUCUUUUCUCGUCAAGAAAUAACGUGCUUCUUUAUCUUACCGACUGGAGCUACAGCACUUACAUGCUUCUUCACCGCUGGCUUGGGUAUUGGACCGCCAUCCAUACUGUGGUACAUUCGUGCAUGCUUUGGAGCUGUUACGCCCAGGCUGGAGCGUAUGAAACCGAGUCCAUCCGACAGUACUGGACAUGGGGCAUCGCAGGGACCGUCGCGGUGUGUGCCUUGAUCCCAACCUCUCUGCUCCCGCUUCGUCAGCGCUUCUACGAGUUCUUCAUUGUCUCGCACGUUGCACUAUCAUUGCUUUUUCUCAUCGGCUACUACUAUCACAUCUGGUAUGUCUAUGAGUACAACUGGGGCUAUGAGAUCUGGAUGUUUGUUGCAGCGGGCAUAUGGGCUCUCGAGAGAUGUAUCAGAAUCGCUCGAAUGGUAUCCCACGGGACCUGUACCGCUAUAGUAACUGUCGUCCCGAACACGGAUAGCGAGUACAUACGAAUCGACAUCAAAGGCAAGGAUUACCCUGCCAGUGUCGUUUUCCUGUGCUUUCCAACCCUCAGCUGGCGGUUCUGGGAGACGCAUCCAUUCUCGGUGAGCAGCGCAACACUGCACCACGAAUCUAGAAUCUCAAGCCCGGGGGAAGUCUAUGAGCAGAAAUUUCCUCGGAAAGUUUCCACACCUAUGGCUAUGAGCGACGCAGAAUCUGACCGCUGUGAAAUCGCUAUGACGUUUUUCGCGCGGGUACGCAACGGGACUACCAAGCUGCUCAGAGAUAAGACUGUUCAAUCACGAGAGGAACACGUACAGCUGCGAGUGCUUAUAGAAGGCCCCUAUAACCACUCUGGCCGUAUUCAUUCGCAGAUAUCGAGGUGUAGCAGCGUCUUGUGUAUCGCAGGUGGGGUUGGCAUCACGGCAUGUCUGCCAUUGCUACGAGCCAGCAAAGCAACGGAUAAACAACUCUUCUGGUCCUGUCGCAAGCCAGGUCUUGUACCAGCUUUGGGGCCUACAUUCGAUGCAUUUCCAUCAAAUAUCAAGGUCGAGACAGCCGUUGGCCAGCGAUUGGACCUGGAGAGCAUUAUCGUUCAAUCGAUGGCCCGUGACGAAUUUGGAGCGAUCGCAAUCAUUGUAUCCGGUCCACCAGGUUUAGCCGAUGCAGUUCGAGAAGAAGUUGUAAAAGUUCAUGCCAACAGUCGGCCUUACGUGUUCUUGGACGAGGCUUUUGGAUGGUAA